GACGCGCAUUGUGCAUCUGUUGUUCGGGCGGUAGAAGAGCCUCUGCCGCGGGUCGUCUCCAGAGUUUGCCAGGUGUUUGUGCAGAGAACAGCUGGACGCAGGAAGCCGCAGCGAUGGCCUCUCCGCUCAAAGUGUGCAUAGUCGGCUCCGGAAACUGGGGGUCAGCCAUUGCCAGGAUUAUUGGGAAUAAUACCAUGUCACUGCAGCGUUUUUCCACCACAGUGAAGAUGUGGGUGUUUGAAGAGAACAUCAAUGGCAGGAAGCUCACUGACAUCAUCAACACUGAACAUGAAAACAUCAAGUACCUGCCUAGAUACAAACUACCAGAGAAUGUGAUAGCUGUCCCAAAGCUCUGUGAUGCUGCAGAGGGAGCUGACCUGCUGGUGUUUGUGGUCCCUCACCAGUUCAUCCGGAAUCUCUGUGACGAGAUAGUGGGUUGUGUCCCCACCAAAGCUCGGGGAAUCACACUCAUAAAGGGGAUAGAUGAGGGUCCCGAAGGCCUGAAGCUCAUCUCUGACAUAAUUCGAGAGAAGAUGGGGAUUGACGUCAGCGUCCUCAUGGGAGCAAACAUCGCCAACGAAGUGGCAGCUGAGAAGUUCUGUGAAACCACUAUCGAGACCCAACAGUACCACCAUGAGCAAGCACUUGGCAACGGGUGCAAGGAAAAACUGCCUUUUAAGAGGCGGAAACCUAGGACAGAUACUUCGGCUCUAGGUAGUAAGAUUCUGGAGAACGGCCUGCUGUUCAAAGAGCUACUGCAGACUCCGAACUUCAGAAUCACAGUGGUAGAUGAUGCAGAUACAGUGGAGCUGUGUGGCGCCCUGAAGAAUAUUGUUGCAGUGGGGGCAGGCUUCUGUGAUGGGAUGCGGUGUGGUGACAACACCAAGGCGGCUGUGAUCCGUCUGGGGCUGAUGGAGAUGAUAGCCUUCGCUAAACUCUUCUCUAAGAACGGCUCUGUCUCCACGGCAACCUUUCUAGAGAGCUGCGGUGUGGCUGACCUCAUCACUACAUGCUAUGGUGGCCGAAACCGACGAGUGGCAGAGGCCUUCUCUAAAACGGGGAAGAGCAUUGAGCAGCUGGAGAAAGAGAUGUUGAAUGGUCAGAAGCUCCAGGGUCCUGCCACUGCAGCUGAGGUUUACCACAUCCUCAAACAGAAGGGCCUUGUGGACAAGUUCCCUCUGUUCACAGCAGUCUAUCAGAUUUGUUUUGAGGGGAAGCCGGUUCAAGAGAUGAUCUCCUGCCUGCAGAGCCACCCAGAGCACAUGUGAUCCCCCGGUGCAGUUGUGUUGUGGAUACAAGGUUCUAACUGGAGCCACAGACCACCAAGAAACAAGGAUUGCCAUCAGUCAACCAUUUAUUAACCAAUUCAGUGUUUCCUUUCUAGGAUGAUGACUGCCAUGGUUCUAAACUAAGAAAAAAAUAAUUAUUUCCAAAACAAGUCAUUAAUCCAUUCUUUAAAUCAUGUUAAACAUUUACACAUUUAAGUAUCAUAAAUCUCUCAAAUACAGAUUAGUCUGACAUAAAUCAGCAUAAUAUUAUUUAACAAAUUUAACCUUCCUGUCUUAUACACCAUAAAAAUGAUGUAAGUUAAUAUAAAGAAAUUACUGCUCACAUUGAAGGUUAAACAAAAGACACACUGUGAACAUCUACAUUAUCUACAUCAUCAUCCAGGUGAAAUGUUUGGAGACAAAGGUGGUUUAGAUCAUUAGAUUUGUAUCUAACUUAUCUGAUUGGUUUGCCUCCUCGUGUUUCUUGACCGGUCAGACUUCACUGGAGUGAUGUUGGCUUGUUCCCACUUCUCAGAUAUUUUCAUGGUUAGUGUUAGCAAGAUAACAAGAAAACAGUGGAUGGACCCACAUGAAAAUGACAGAGGUGGACCUGGUGCAGUUCACAACAACAUAAAGUCCUGACCCAUUCAUUAAUAAACCAGAAUGAUCCUUUAAUCACUCGGUCCAUCAUUUUAUUUAAAAACACUAUUAACACAGAUUGUGAUACAUAUACUUACUCUACUGCAUUCUAGGUGUUUAAUUUGUGUUUGCUUGUUUUUUAAAAAAUGGCAACUUUUGCAAAUACUGUAUAUUUCCAGGUUUGUGACCAAAUGUUUGAACCUGUGUUUUCUUGUUGUGACAGUAGAGUGGUUCAUCGGUUUCUUACUUAUCAACAGGCAGGUGCUGUCAGCCAUUACAAGCCUGUCUGUGGACACCAGCAUGAUACUGGGUCUGUGUCACUCUGAUGCACUUUAGUGAUGUCCUGCACAAGCAGACAAAGCAUUGUGACUUAGAAGAUAAGGAUAUUUACUAUGUGUUUCAGUAUUUUAUAGUAUUGCUGCCAGGCCAGAAAAAGAGAAACAGAUCAGUAUUGCAUCAUAACAUUUUAUGUUAUUACAACAUACAAUCUCUUGUUUAUUUUGUUAUAACGUAAUAACCUAUAUUGUUACAUUAUAAUGUGAAAUGUUUCACAUUUUAACAAGAUAGUGUAAAAAGGAGUGGUGGGCAACGAUUAAAAUCUUUAGUUUCAGUUACGCAAAUUCCAUACUGAAUUCAAAAGUAGUGUAUUGCGCACUUUAAAAUGCUAUAUGAGCAAAAGUGCAAUAAAAUUUGGUUUGCACUUAUACACAACUUUACACUUUAAGUUGUUAUUCAACAGCAGUAUUCCCUUUACACGAUAGCAGUUAAAAUAAUUCUUCUCUAAGGGCGUUUUCACACAUACCUCAUUUGGUCCAGACCUUCGAACUUUUCAGUUUGGUCCGAACCAAAAUUGUAGGUGAGAAAGGUGCCACGGACCACGGUCCGGAUCAAAAGACCAAAAUUUGGUCCGAACUAAAGAGGUGGUCUCGGUCCGGAUCAAACUGAACCAUGGUUCUUCUCCCACACUUCUGGUUUGUCUGGAUGUGUAUUAAGAGCCAGUGAGCAACGGACUUUCAAAAUAAGAAUAAUAGUAAAAAGAAAAACAGUUAAUGUGAGAUAAAAUAAUUGUCUGCUUUUUUAGUUUAUUAAUUAAUGUGUUAACGCAAUCAUAACGCUAUAACUUGCCCAGACAUAGUAGAAAGGUUUCUUGUUAUGACUUGAUGAGUUUGUAUGUCAUAGUAACCUGAAGAAGAUAUAAUUUAUUAAUCCCGAGGGGAUUUUUUUUAUACACACACACACACAGGCUGAAAUACACACUAUCAUGCACUUGUGGACAUGCAAACAGGGAGAGAGAGAUGGUGGAGUGAUGGGGCUGCAACGUUAACAGCGCCCCAUGAGUAGGCUUUGGGUUAGGUGCCUUGCUCAAGGGCACCUCAGCAAAAUAUUCAUGUUUUCACUGCCAGUCAGGUAGAAUAGGUAGUUAAAAUAGUCAUAAGAAAUCUCAACUGAUAAUAAUUGAAUUAUCCUGUUGUACAUCAAAAACAGAAUAGUAUCACAAUAAUCUUCUUGACAAGUCUAUCUCUUGAAAAUUGCCUCUUAAAGGAAUGGGCAGAUGUGAUUGAACACAGUGGUCCUCUGUUGUCCUUUGUUGUUUAUAAAGGUUGUAUAGAGAAAUUAGAGUAAUUUACAUUUGUAUUUAAAAAGGGUUUUGCAAUUGGGAUUUUAGAAGAGAACGUGCUGUUGUAAAAUGUGCAAUCUGUUUGUGUAAUUAUCACAAUAAGAUUUUCAUAAUGAAUGUUGUUACAACAAAAAGAAAAAUAACGUUUUGUGAAAAAAAAUAAUUGCCAAACCAAAUGCAGUUUGAGGUACUGUGAGCAAAAAGAAGUAGUCAACUAAAAGAGUCUAACUAAAGGCCAAUGUAGCCAGUUGGCAUUUGACAUUAAAAUGGGAAUUUGUCAUUUGAAAAUUAAAUGAAUAACUUCAGCACUCACUUUGCUGAAAACUGUUCUUGCAAUUAAAGCUGCUUUUAAGAGAUUAUGGUAAGGUUGAAACAGAAACCUUGUUGAGUAGCCUACUUGUUAUUCUUGUUGUCAUAUAUUUAAAUUUGUAUGGCUCUUGUAAGAUCAUGAAAAAAAAGGUGAACGAAUUAAAUUCCAUUAGAGCAUUUUAUAUACUUCCUACCAUAUUUUUGAAUGAAUUUUCUGCACAAUUUAAUUGGUUAAAUAAAUGUUAUGUAAUGUAUGUUUUUUUUUCCUGCAAAAAAUCAGCCUGAUUAAAAAUUCCAGAAUCUAUGAA